AUGGCUCGAACUGAGCUCGGUUGUUGCAGCCGACUCCCGACGGCCGAGUACAUGUGUCCCAAAGAAGACGCAGACAGAUGGAGUGGAUGGGCGAGGAGACGGAAUCAAGGAGCUAUGGAUGGACAUGGAUAUGAAUCUGAAUGGGCGGAGAGGAGGAAGAUUAGGGUGGGGGGCAGGUCGGAAAAUUUGGCGGCGACGGUAUGGUCACCUCUACUCUGCCUUGUGGGAGAAGGCCUCGAGCGGGAGAGAUUUAUGAGCGGGCAAGAUGGAUGGCGCAUGGAGAAGAAGGCCUGUGCCAUGAAGAAGGCCUGGAGCCUUGGGAGAAGUCAAGGCAAGCGGGAUGGUGCUGCGGUGAUUUAUUUCGCGGGCCUCGACCUGAACCACGGCGACAUCGCGGGGUACCUCCCGCCGGAGCUCGGCCUCCUCGCCGACCUCUCGCUGCUCCACCUCAACUUUAACCGCUUCUGCGGCCUCGUCCCGGCCACGCUCCGCCGCCUCCGCCUCCUCGUCGAACUCGACCUCAGCAACAACCGCCUCGUCGGCGCCUUCCCGGCCGUCGUGCUCGACCUCCGCUUCAACGACUUCGAGGGCGCCAUCCCGCCGGCGCUCUUCGACCGCCCGCUCGACGCCAUCUUCCUCAACCACAACCGCCUCCGGUCCCCGCUGCCCGACAACUUCGGCAACUCGCCGGCGUCCGUCAUCGUGCUCGCCGACAACAGCUUCGGCGGGUGCCUCCCGGCCAGCCUCGGCAACAUGUCCGGCACGCUCAACGAGAUCCUCUUCAUCAACAACGGCCUCGACUCCUGCGUCCCGCCGGAGGUCGGCCUGCUCCGGGAGGUGACCGUCUUCGACGUCAGCUUCAACGCGCUCGUCGGCCCGCUGCCGCAGCAGGUGGCCGGGAUGCGCAAGGUGGAGCAGCUGGACGUCGCGCACAACCGCCUGUCGGGCGCCGUCCCGGAGGCCAUCUGCGCGCUCCCGCGGCUCAAGAACCUCACCAUCUCCUACAACUUCUUCACCGGCGAGCCGCCGUCCUGCGCGCGCGUCGUGCCUUCGGAUGGAGACAGGAGGAACUGCCUGCCCAGCCGCCCCGCGCAGCGCACGCCGCAGCAGUGCGCCGCGUUCUAUUCGCAGCCGCCCGUCGACUGCGCCGCGUUCCAGUGCAAGCCGUUCGUCCCUGUUCCGCCGCCGCCGCCGCCACCAUCAUAUCCCGGCCCGUUGCCGCCAGUAUACCCCAUGCCAUACGCGUCGCCGCCGCCACCUGCGCAUUACCGAUGA